CUCACGUUCGGGCUUCCAGGGUUUGGGGCGGCGGGACCCGCCACUUGCAUUGAAGCCACACAGAGCCCGGCCCGCGGGUUUGGGGAUCGCGCCUCCUGCUCUCCCCGGCUCGGCGGCUGCAGCCCGCGGAACCCAGCCGAGCAACGCUUCCUGUUACCCUUUUUUUGGAAUGGAGAUUUCUUCCCAUCAGUUUCAUCUCCUGCAGCAACUAAAUGAGCAGCGCAAGCAAGAUUUAUUCUGUGACUGCUGUAUUCUGGUUGAGGGAAAGGUUUUCAAAGCACAUCGAAAUGUGCUGUUUGCCAGUAGUGGUUAUUUCAAAAUGCUCCUUUCCCAGGGCUCAAAGGAGACAAGUCAGCCAACGACUGCUACCUUCCAGGCAUUUUCUCCUGACACAUUUACAGUUAUUCUGGAUUUUGUGUAUUCUGGCAAACUCUCUCUCACUGGCCAGAAUGUCAUUGAGGUCAUGUCAGCUGCUAGCUAUCUUCAGAUGACUGAUGUUAUUAGUGUUUGUAAGACCUUCAUUAAGUCAUCACUGGACAUCAGUGAGAAGGAGAAGGAUAGAUAUUUCAGCCUGUCAGACAAAGAUGUAAAUUCCAAUGGUGUGGAACGCUCAUGCUUGUAUGGUGCUGACUGGAGAACAGAAAACAGUCCCCCUCAUUCUCACUUAAAUCCUGAUCAAGGGACUUGUGUGAUGAGUGGAAAUGCUUGGAGCAAUUUCAGCUACUAUCCAACUUCUCAAAGAAAUUCGCAGCAGCAGCUGGCCAAACAUGACCAAAGGCAGGAUUCCAUUAAAAAAACUAGACAUUUAGGAUUGCAACAAUCCUCUGACAUUCCCCAUUAUAAAUCAAGCAAGCUUGAAGACCGAUCCUCAGACCCUACUAGCCACAUUUCUCAAUCUGAGGAGGAAGUCCAAAUUGACACAGAAAUUGACUCUGCCCAUGCUGGGUACCAAUAUGGUCAGGGGUCCGAUGUGAUGCCAAGGAGCUUGGCUGUGUCACAGCAAGAGCAUGAAUCACCCCAUUCUUCUAGCAAGUCAAAGUCCUCAAAAGCAGAUGAGCAAUAUGGCAACAUGCCCUCAAUUUUAGGUGUAAUGGGGAGCUGGGCUGAAGAUGAUCUGCCCAGGAUGAGAUUCAAGUGCCCAUUCUGCACUCAUGUGGUGAAGCGAAAAGCAGACCUAAAGCGCCACCUUCGUUGCCAUACAGGAGAACGACCUUAUCCAUGUGAGGCAUGUGGAAAAAGAUUUAGCAGGCUAGACCACCUAAGUAGCCAUUUUCGAACAAUUCAUCAGGCCUGUAAGCCAAUCUGCAGAAAGUGUAAGCGCCAUGUGACUGAGCUGACAGGGCAAGUGGUCCAAGAGGGGACAAGACGUUACAGACUCUGUAAUGAGUGUCUGGCUGAAGCUGGCAUAGACAGCAUCCGCAUUGACUUGGAGGCUGAACCACAGCUUGAAUUUCCACAAGAAGGGGAUAAAGAUUCCAGGUGGCACUACAGUGAAGACAACAGAUCGGAUGUGGAGAUUGUGGAGGAUGGGUCUACUGACUUGGUCAUCCAACAGGUUGAUGAUAGUGAAGAUGAAGCAGAAGAACAGGAAGUAAAGCCAAAUAUUAGGUAGUAGUGAGUGAACUGAGAAUUAGUAAAUCUCCCCUCUUACAUUGACUUCCAGUGUCUUGACCAUUAGCCCCCAACCAGCCUGUUGUUAAUAUACAAAGAUCUACUAUAUUGGCUUCCUAUGAACUUGUCUAAACUUGCAUGCAUUUAUGGACAUGCCAUUGAGUCCAUUUUGAAUUUUGUUACUCAAAGUAUCAAUAUUUUGCUUCAUUAGAAAGAAUCCAUCCUGCGAUGGAAUAAUGGAUGAACAAUGAAACUGAACUACUACGAUAACUUUAUAGCAGACAGUGGGUCCCUUCUCAAACCUUUUUCGUUGUGGGGAGGGCUAAAAAACACUUUAAAAUUUCACAUUUCACUGUAAAUUACCCUAUUUUAAAACUUUUAUAGGCGGCGGGGGGGGGGGGGGGGGGGAGAGCGAGGAGUUUAUAUCCAGUAUCACCUGGUGACAGCUAAGUAUAACAGGGUAGCCCAGUAUAGAACAUAAACAAAAUUUUCUUUAAAAUCCAGAAAUGAGGGUGCCCUUCCAUGGAAUUUAAUAACUUCUUGAUAUCAAGUUUAGAGAAGCCAGGAAAAACUUUCAGAAAUAUUGUAUAUAAAAUGUUUUAGAUGUGAUAGCACAUAUCUGGAAAAGCACUUUUUUGUAAAACUUCUAAUAAGAAAAAAACAGUAGCAGACCAUUCAUUCAGGAAAACUUUUUCCCAGAAAAUAAACAAAUGGAUAUAACUUCUAGUCAAUGCAUCACAGAUCAAGUGAUGUCUGAGAGAAAUCAUUCAUUGAUACUGCUAAAUGUCUUAUUCACUUUGAAAAUCGGGAAUACUCGUUCUUUCCAUCGAAAUCCACUCAGUCUUUUGUUAACUAUCGAAGGAAAGCAAUUUUUUAAAAUAAUGAAUUUUUGUACUUCUCAAAAGUGCCAAGUUGACAUGACUGAGAAUUGUAUGUAGUAUAGUUGUAGCUGUGUCAGUCCCAGGAUAUUUAGAGAGACAAGGUGGGUGAGGUAAUACUUUUAUUGGACCAACUUACGUUAGUGAGAGAGACAAGCUUUCGAGCGACACAGAGCUCUGACCUGAAGAAGAGCUCUGUGUUGCUCAAAAACUUGUCGCUCUCACCAACAGAAAUUUAUUAUAAUAUAAAAUAUAUUACCUCACCCACCAUUACUGAGAUUUGUUAGUUAUAAGAACAGGUACAACGCUACCAAUGGCAGUUCAAGCUUCCUGAAACUACUGUAAAGUAAACACCUUCAGGGGUGAAAAGGGUUGUUUUAGCCUCCAUGCUAGUUCCUUCCUUGUCCCCUCAUUACAUUCUCAACAAUGGUCUCACAGCUAACUAACCUGUACACCUGGUAAUUAGAAACUGAACUAAUGCAAACUAAUUUUAAUCUAAGCCACUGAAUAUUUUGGUCCAUAGUGAUCUGUACUCAAUUUGAACUGGUAAGUUAAAGGUAAUGUUCCCAAUGUCAUUCAGUCACCAAGAGGACCUUGUAAUCUUCUUUUCCUAAGCUUUCUCAGUGAACAAUAUACCCUGAAAACAUACGUACAAUUCGUUACUUUGUCUACAAUUAGAAUACAAGAGGUGAUUAGUGCCAACCAGAGAAUGCCGCUGAGACAAAAUAAGCCACUUUUACUCUCUGAUAUAGUGAGUUAACCAGCACUGCAAACAUGAAACAAACGCAUGCUACUAGUGUGCUUUUCUACAAUCUCAUCUUGAACAGAAAUAAUCUGUAGUUGGAUGAUUUAAAGAUAAUUGGACAUAAUUAUUAAAAGCUUCAUCCUGCCCUCAUGGAAAUUACUGGUGUUAUCAUUUAUUUCAAUGGGUGCAGGAUUAUGCCCUAAAUUUCUAUUUUCCAUAAAUCCUUGCUUGUCUGAAUUUUUCUCUGAUAGUAAAUUGCAGGUUUUAUCUCUUUGCACUAUAUCAAUAAGCAUGCUUGCCUGACGUCUAGAUUAACUACAACAACAUUACAAAAGUGUACUAUUGUAACUUCUCUACCCAUUUACAUCUUUACAUAAGUGGAUUUCAAGUAGUGCUUUUUAAAGAUGCGUAAUCUUAAUUUAAUAUCUGCAUUACCUGAGAGAGCAGCAUUUUCUUUUUGGGAUGUUGAUAGCUAGCAGGAAUGUUAAAUGAAAACCUGGGCAACGCCUUCCUGGAGAUCAUAGUCUGGAUCCUAAAUUUCUACACUGGCAGAGGCUGAGAGCAGUCCAGAAGUAGCAUGCUCAUCUUCUAGGGAGAGGAAUACCCUCUGUCACCUUUGUCUGCCUCAGAAACAGUGUUAACUGCCUCAAGAGAAAGCCUUGUCCGUUCUUUUUCAUAUGGCAGAAUGGGAUGACCAGAGGUGGGCUCUGAUAAAACAGGGAACUGAAAGGAGAUUGCUUAUGGGCUCCUAUAGCCGAUUUUAAUUUUAAUUAUAAUUAUUCCAGAUUUUCUCCUGCUAUCACCUGUCUAAAUUUGUUUUAUGUUCCUUUUCACGCAGAAAUUUGCACAAUGGGUUUGCUCUGAAACUGCACAGAAAACUCUUGAAGUUUUCCACUUUGACAAAAUUCCUGUAGUGGCUGGCAGAGGCAAGAAAUCCAAGCAGACUUCUUCCAUUUCUGCCAGAACUCCUAAUAUACUACAAUUAAAACUUUGUAAAAUAUUCCAUGACCAACCUGAACUAACUUUCAGACCUAACAAAGGAAUGAGUAUAGAGAGACUGAAUGGCUUCAGAGAGCAGUUAAUUUAGUAAUUUGCUAACAGAAACCUGAUUUACAAGUAAGAGGGAAAACUCCUGUUCAAUCAGUAGUCAGCCACAAUAAAUUCCAGUUAGUAAUAAAUUCCACUGUGCCAGAAUAUUGAGCAAUCACAGUAAAUGAUGGGGAGAGGGCUUUAGGGCCACGCACAUAACCUGGGCUACAUCUGCUGAGGCUGACAUCUAGUGUGUAGCCUAUUGCAAUGGUUUUCAAACGGCGGGUCGUGACCCAGUACUGGGAUGCGGCGGCUCUGGUCAGCACUGCUGACUGGGCCGUUAAAAGUCCCUACCUGUUCUGACGCUUCGCUGCGCCACAGAAGGAGCCAGCAGCAGGUCCGGCUCAUAGGCAGGGGGGCACGGGUCUCUGCGCGCUGCCCCUGCCCUGAGCACCAGCCCGGGCAAUGGAACCUGGGGGUGGGGGUGCCUGUGGGCGAGAGCCACACAGCUGCUUGUGCGCCUCUGCCUAGGAGCCGGGCCUGCUGCUGGCCGCUUCUGAGGCGCAGCGUGGUCCGCAGUGCCAGGACAGGCAGGAAGCCUGCCUUAGCGCUGUCGCUGACCAGGAGCCGCCUGAGGUAACCCCAAUCCCCAGCCUGAGCCCCCCCAAACCUGGAGCCCCUUCCUGCACCCCAAACCCCUCAUCCCCAGCCCCACUCCAGAGUCUGCACCCCCACCCCAGCCCUGAGCCCCCCAAACUCAGCCCCCACCUGCACUUCAAUCCCUGGCCCCACCCCAGAGCCCUGACCCCCUCCUGCACCCCAACCUUGGCCCAGAGCCCCCUCCAACACCCUGAACCCCUCACCCCAACCCUGAGCCCCUCCCACACCCCGAGCCCCUCCUCCCCAGCUCAGUUGGGUCACGGGCAUCAACACUUUUCUUCAACUGGGUCACCAGAAAAAAGGUUUGAAAACCGCUGGUCUAUUGGGUAUGUGGGGUUUUUCUUUUUAGAGCAUAGACAUGCUGGUCUGAGUCAGGAUAUUUGAUUAGGUGGACAUUUGUCUAUCUCCAGGAGUGGUCAAUAGCAGAUGCUUCAAAAGAAGGUACAAAACCCCUGUAAUGGGCAGGUCUGGAACAACCUGCUCACAUGAGGGAAAUUUCUUCCCAACACUAGGCAGUUAGCGGCUGGCUGUGUCCUGACGCACAAGGGUUUCUACAGUUUUAAAUACAUUUAUCCGAGAUAAUGUAACCAGAUGUUUUUAUUUGUCAUGUCUAGUCCAUUUUGAAAAUUUUAUUAAGCUAUGAGACUAUCUUAAGGCAGUGAUUUCAACAGGUAAACAUGUUUUGUAUUUUAAAGUAUGUUUUAUACUUGCCUUUUUAAUUUGAUUUAUUCACAUAUUUUUGUACUGCAAAACAGGGUAAACAGAAGUGCCUGACACUCUUUAUCAUUCAUCAUUUUACAUACUUUAUCAUGUUCCCUCUGUUCCUUUUCUAAAUGUAAAUGGUCCUAAUUUUUUAAACAUCUCCUCUCAUGAAAA